AUGGUGGUGGUGGUUCUCUUGAAGAAAUUAGUCCUAUUGUUGGCGGUAUUGCCCCUGGCCUCUCCUUUGAUCCUGGAAAUAAGCGAAAAGACGGUGGCAGAAGAAGUCGAGUCCGAGUGCACGAGCUGGAGGGUUAGUGUUGAGGCCAAUAAUAAUUUGAGUCCUUGGAAGCAAAUCCCGAAAGAGAUUGGUGAGUAUGUGAAACGAUACAUGAGGCUUAGAGGCUAUGCAAAUGAUGUCGAGAGAGUUUGUAGGGAGGCCAAGAUGUAUGCAAGGAGUGUUAACUUCAGUGUGGAAGUCAAACUCAAACCCAAAUAUGCAUGGAUUUUCGACAUCGACGAGACUCUUCUUUCUAAUAUUCCUUAUUAUCACCACCAUGGUUAUGGGUAUUUUAACUAUUUCCAUGGAUUUUCAACUAACGGCACUUAG